AUGGUGAUUAUUCCGGAUGAAGUGAAGGAUCACAAACGAUGUUCUACUAGAACCAUCAACCAACACGAUUUCGAUCGGGGUUACGUUGCCAUGAAGGACCCAGUAAAGCGAUCGUGCUGGGUGAAGCCUCUUGGUGAAAGAGGACAUAUGAAGAAACGAAAAAAAUCAUGGACAGUGGAGUAUAGAUCUCUGGACAAGGAUCGGGUGGAGAGAGAGGUUGGAAGUAUAUUGGCUGACUUCUGUUCAGACUCGUACGUCUUCAUGCUCAGACAAGAGUUUGCAGUAAAACCAGCGUGGAAUGCAUAUGUGUCUCGUGUUCUAUAG